GAGCUCCUUUUCACUUUGUUUAUGUGGUUUUGGAACAGUCCACUGAGAGUUUUGUUUGAGGGUGUCAGAUAGCCUCGACAGCAAACCCACGUGAGUUCGCAGAAGCAAAGUCCAGCUGUCAGUGGACCGGACGGGACGAGGACGUCCAGCUCAGGUGCAAUCUGUUGUCGAUAUAUUCAAGACCCUGGCCGAUAUUUGACAGAAGAGGAAAAAAGGGAUUUCAGAAAGAACAAACGUACUGGAUUUUCUGCAGCAAUUUUGAAGAGUUUUUCUUUGUCCAAUUGAAUUUUUUUGUUUUGGACUGCAGCCAUGUCAGAGGACAAAGAAAUGUCAUGCAGCAGCUCCAUCUGUCGCUUCCCUCUUAUCCCAGUGAAAGGCAUUCCUCUCAUGAGCUGCAUCGCCAACAACUUUGACGCCAUUUCAGCUUUCUGUCCCGACAGCUCGGACCUCCUCAUCGCCACCUACCCCAAAGCGGGGACAACGUGGACCCAGGAAAUAGUUGAUCUGCUUCUUAACAACGGCGAUGCCGAGGCCUGCAGACGAGCCCCCACGCCGGCCCGUAGUCCUUUCCUGGAGAUUUGUAACAUAUUACAUCUCCCCUCAGGCCUUGAGCUCCUGAGUAAAAUGGCUCCUCCGAGAAUCAUUAAGACACAUCUGCCAUUCCAGCUGGUUCCCGCCGGAUUUUGGGAAAAGAAGUGCAAAGCUAUCUACGUAGCGCGCAACGCUAAGGACAACGUGGUGAGCUACUACCAUUUUGAUCGCAUGAACAUGACCCAACCUGAGCCUGGACCUUGGGAGGGCUACAUCCACAAGUUCAUGCGCGGAGAAUUGUCGUGGGGCUCCUGGUACGAUCACGUGAAAGGUUAUUGGGAGGAACGAGACAAGAGGAACAUCCUGUACAUUUUCUACGAAGACAUGAAAGAGAAUCCCAGACGUGAAGUGGAACGCAUCAUGAGGUACUUGGACUUGUCCCUCUCUGAUGACAUCAUCACUCGCAUCGUGGAGCUGACGAGCUUCACAGCAAUGAAGGAGAACCCAAUGGCCAACUACACUUGCGCCCCCAAGAGCGUUUUCGACCGGUCCAUCUCGGCCUUCAUGAGAAAAGGAGAAGUGGGAGAUUGGAAAAAUCAUUUCACACCUGAGCAGUCGGCAGAGUUUGAUGCGGACUACGAGAGGCAAAUGAAGCAAGCGGACAUCCCGUUCAGAACGGAGUUCUGAAAGCGAAUUUUGCUUGCUUUGCUAC